ACACAAGGCAGCGUCUCAUGAUUCAUUCAGCCAAACACACACAGCACAAGACGGGCUAGACAACGGACACUCUUCCGAGCCAGGGAAUUAAAGGGCUGGGGGUCCAAACUCAGAGAGCAAUUGUCCCACUGAAAGUCGGAACUAGCUAGCUUGUCAUGGCGGAUGUUGGUGAGAUUUUGAUGUCGGUUUUGUCCACAAUUCGGGUUCCGAAGCCCGGGGACCGUGUCCACAAAGACGAAUGCGCCUUGUCAUUUUCCUCGCCGGAGAGCGAAGGAGGUCUGUAUGUGUGCAUGAACAGUUUCUUGGGCUUUGGGAGUCGGUAUGUGGACAGGCACCAUGCUCGGUCUGGCCAGAGGGCUUACUUCCACAUCACCCGGACUCGCAAAGCUAAGAAGGAAGACGACAAUAACUCUGGAUCCGGACACCCGCCUAAGAAAAAGCCCACCAGAUUGGCUAUAGGGAUUGAAGGUGGUUUUGAUGUGGAGCAGGAGCAGUAUGAGGAGGAUGUAAAGGUGGUCAUUUUACCUGACAGACAGGAAGUGACAUCAGAGGACCUUGCUACCAUGCCUGAUGUUGUGAGAGAGCGGGUGUCCCUGUCAAUGGCGGGUAUCAUGGCAGCUGACUCAGUGUCUCAUACCUUACAAGUUCAGCAGUGGGAUGGAGAGGUGAGACAGGAGUCAAGGCAUGCCGCUGACCUUAAACAGCUUGACAACGGAGUUAAGAUCCCUCCCAGUGGCUGGCGCUGUGAUGUGUGUGACCUCCAGGAGAAUAUUUGGAUGAACCUGACGGACGGCAAAGUGCUGUGUGGUCGCAGGUAUUUUGAUGGCUCCGGGGGAAACAACCAUGCCCUUCUCCACUUCCAGGAGACAGGAUACCCACUGGCUGUCAAACUUGGUACCAUCACUCCUGAUGGAGCAGAUGUGUAUUCCUAUGAUGAGGAUGACAUGGUGCUGGAUUCCAAGUUACCUGAGCACCUAGCUCACUUUGGCAUUGACAUGAUGACCAUGGAAAAGACUGAGAGGACGAUGACAGAGCUGGAGAUUGCUGUGAACCAGCGUGUGGGGGAGUGGGAGGUGAUCCAGGAAUCUGGGACCACCCUACGGCCCCUAUUUGGCCCUGGUUUGACUGGCAUGAAGAACCUGGGCAACAGCUGCUACCUCAACUCUGUCAUGCAAGUUCUCUUCACCGUUCCAGACUUCCAGAACAAGUACGUGUCUAACAUCGACAAGAUCAUUGAUGAAGCCCCAAGCGACCCCACCCAGGACUUCAAAACCCAAGUAGCCAAGCUCGGCUACGGUCUGUUGUCGGGAGAGUAUUCCAAACCAGCACCAGACCCUGGAGAUGAAAAUGGUGCAUCUGAACCCAGAGGAGACCAAAUCGGCAUAGCACCACAAAUGUUCAAAGCACUUGUUGGGCGUGGCCACCCAGAGUUCUCCACCAAUAGACAACAGGAUGCUCAGGAGUUUUUAUUGCACUUCAUAAACAUGGUGGAGAGGAACUGUCGCUCUGGGUCCAACCCAUCUGAAGCCUUCAGGUUCCUGGUGGAGGAGAGGAUUGUGUGUCAGCAAUCACAGAAAGCCAAGUACACACAGCGGGUGGAUUACAUCGUCCAGCUGCCUGUGCAGAUGGACCAGGCGACAAACACAGAAGAGCUUCAGGAGGCGGAGCGCCGGCGUGAGGAGGGGGACUCAUCAGCCCCUACUGUGCGUGCACAAAUCCCCUUCACAGCUUGCAUGGCAGCCCUCAGCGAACCAGAGAUCCUUACAGACUUCUGGAGCUCAGCUGUCCAGACCAAGACUACUGCUACCAAAACGACCCGCUUUGCCUCUUUCCCUGACCACCUGGUCAUACAGAUAAAGAAGUUCACCUUUGGCCUUGACUGGGUUCCAAAGAAACUGGACGUGAGCAUCGACGUUCCUGAUACACUCGACCUGAGCGCGUUGCGUGCAACUGGCCAGCAACCGGGGGAAGAGCUUCUACCAGAGGUGGCCCCGCCCCCACUCAUGACCCCAGAUGUGGAGGUUAAAGGUAUCCUGGGUUCCCAUGGCAACGAGGAGGACGACUCACUCUACUCCCCACUGCUGUCUCCAGUCCUUGAUGACUCCACUGUGUCCCAGUUAUGUGAGAUGGGAUUCCCUCUGGAGGCCUGCAGGAAAGCGGUGUACUACACUGGGAACACUGGCAUUGACUCUUCCAUGAAUUGGAUCAUGAGCCACAUGGAUGACCCAGACUUCGCGGCCCCCCUGGUAUUGCCAGGCUGCAGCUCUGGCCCAGGGACCACGCCCACAGAGAGCCUCUCUGAGGAGCACCUGGCAACCAUAGUCUCCAUGGGCUUCAGCAGAGACCAGGCAACCAAAGCACUUCGAGCCACGAGUAAUGUCCUCGACCGGGCAGUGGACUGGAUCUUCUCCCACCUGGAUGACCUAGACUCCAUGGAUGUGUCUGAAGGCGGUCGCUCAGCCGCAGAGAGCGAGGGGGGCAGGGAUCCGCCGCCUGGGCCUCGUGUCAGAGAUGGACCAGGCAAGUAUGAGCUGUUUGCAUUCAUCAGUCACAUGGGGACGAGCACGAUGUGCGGCCACUACGUCUGUCACAUCAAGAAGGAUCAGCAGUGGGUCAUCUUCAAUGAUCAGAAGGUGUGUGCUUCAGAAAAACCUCCCAAGGACCUGGGAUACCUCUAUUUCUACCGGAGAGUGGCUGAAUGAGACAAAGGAGCGUUAGACGUCGAACACGCAAGACAACAUACAUAGUCGCACCCCACCAAGCUAUUACAAAUGCCCUGGCACGCUUCACAACUGACAAAGUGUAAAUAAAUCUCUCAGAUUGCAUAUAUAAACAGUUAAAUAAAUUGGUGCAGAUGUACAGAUAAGGUGUUGGGGGAAGAUGUUUUUCUUUUUAUCCAUUGAUUGCAAACCACAGGCCUGUUCAUAGAAGCAGAUUCAGUUAGUUACCUGGACAAUAAUGCUGAGUGAUAAUUUUCUAAAACCCCAGUUGAAGAUUUUACUCAGCAAUUGUAUCCAGAUAAUUCAGAAAACCUGCUUCAUGAAACAGGCCCCAGACAUUAGAGUGACUUUGGUUGCUGAGUCCCUUCACUCCUUAUUAUUAUAAGUAUGCUUAGCUAUCACCGUUAAUCUGUGUCCUGCCUAAUGAUUUCCACUGCCGUCAGAGGUCACUGCCCCUCCCCAUCACGAUAUGUCGCUUCCAGCCCCUUCUUCUUUUAUUGGACAAUUGCAGCUUGGUGUCACCUGUUUAGGGUGACACCAACCCCUCCUCUAUCCGUUUCAGUGACGAAGUGAAAACAGUUCACGAUGAGAGGAAAUGUCAGUAAAACAAACAAAGAAACAGCUCAAAUGUGUUUUACAAAAAGGAAAUUAAAAAAGUCAAAACACCAAAUAAACUUGUUUUUUCUUGGAGGUUUGGUGAGGGUGAUAUCUGGUUGGUUUUUGGUUUAUUUUGUUUUUAUUUUGCAAACAAAUCCAUUGUUACUUCUGCUGUGACAUUAAAGAAUUGUCUUUCAG